AUGGCAGACUUGAAACCCCGGAAACAUGCUGUUGACUCGCCCAAAGUCUGGACGACACUCAUUACCAAUCUCAACUACUUGUCUGGCCUCCUCACUCUCGACCACUCUCUCCGCGCCGCCAACUCUCGAUACCCUCUUGUAGCUCUUUACACCGACUCGUUUCCUCCCGAAGGCCAUGCCGCUCUCCGCGCUCGUGGUAUUCCCAUGCAGCACAUCCCCUACCUGCUCCCUACUAAGGGCAAGGACUACUCGAAUGACCCCCGGUUCUACGACUGCUGGAGCAAGCUCGCUCCAUUCUCCUUGACCGAAUAUGAGCGCGUUGUUCAGCUUGACUCGGAUAUGCUCGUUUUGCGCAACAUGGACGAGCUGAUGGAGCUCGAGCUAGACUCUCCUUCGAUAGCUGAGACAGGCGACAAGACCAUCAGCAAACGUGUAUUCGCAGCCGGUCAUGCCUGUGUCUGCAACCCUCUCAAGAAGCCUCACUACCCUAAGGAUUGGGUUCCUGAGAACUGCGCUUUCACAUCGCAGCAUUCAACACCCGAUGCCGCGCAGACGGAUGCUGCGGACCCGUCUGUUGGUCCACUAGGCUUUAUGAACGGUGGGCUACAGGUCGUCAACCCUUCUCAGGGCCUCUACGCACAAAUAGUCGCCCAUAUGGAGGCUGACGCGACCAACAUGGAUUUCGCAGAUCAGUCACUUCUGUCAGACCUGUACCGCGAGCGCUGGGUUCCCCUGCCCUACAUAUACAAUGCGCUCAAGACGCUGCGAUGGGAGGGAGUGCACAAUGCUAUUUGGAGGGAUGAGAGCGUCAAGAACAUUCAUUACAUAUUGAGUCCUAAACCCUGGGAUGAGAUCAAUGAUAAGGGUGAAUGGACGGGUAAGGAGGAGAGCCACAAGUGGUGGAUCGACGCCAACCGUGCGAGAAAGGAUUUGGAAAAAGAGAAGGGUAUCCCUGAGGAUAACUUUUGA